AUGGCGUCCUCUUCUGCAAACCCAGCUUGCAAGCACUUGGUCCUCGAUGCAGGCCCCCUCCUCUCUCUAUCACCACUGCGUGGACUUGCAGAGACAUACUACACCGUUCCACAGGUCCUUGAUGAGCUAAAAGACAAACGCGCGCGGGAGCAUUUCGAACGCCUUGGCCUGUCUGCAGGUGUUAGAAUACAAAUUCAGGGGCCUGAUUCUGCCUCUCUAGCGCAUGUCAUACGAUUUGCGAAGAAGACUGGCGAUUAUUCAGUGCUCUCGCAUGCGGAUUUGUGUAUUUUGGCAUUGACAUAUGCAUUGGAUGUACGGGAAAGGGAGGCGGACGAGGCGAAGAAGGGAUCUGAGCAGGACGCAACAGGGGACGCGCACCAGGAUGCGACGGUGCCGUCCGACACCACUCCAGCUACACACUCCGAGUGCGAUGAGGUGAAGAGCGAAGGUGGGAUUGUAGAAAAUGAACUCCAUGCGGAGGAAGACCUAGCAGAACCGCCGGAGUCCGAGAUCUCAUCUUCCGAGGACGAAGGUGCUGAGGCAGACCAGAAAGUUCUUGAAGCCCCGCAGGGAGAACCUCUCGACGUCGAGCUUCACUCCAUUGAAAACACAGAUAAUGACAAGGACCGCCCAUUAGUUCAUCCAGAUCCGACGCCCUCAACGUCUGCGAUCUCCCCACCUGCCGAGCAGUCGGAACCACAACCCCUCUACGACGAUCCCUCCGAAUCAGAUGACGGUGAGGGCGAGUGGAUUACCCCAUCCAACGUUGCCCUGCACAAGUCGCGUGCACUCGAACUGCUGCCUUCGGCGGCGGACCCUGGGCGAGGGAAGGGCAAGGGAAGACAGGAGGUGAUCCCUGUGGGAUGCAUGACAGCAGACUUUGCCAUGCAAAAUGUGCUGUUGCAGAUGGGGCUGGGACUCGUGGGGGUCGAGGGAAAACGGAUUGAGCGGGUGAAGAGCUGGGUGCUCAGAUGCCACGCCUGUUUCAAAGUCUGCAAGGACUCAUCACGAAAGUUCUGCCCGUCGUGCGGGAACCCAUCCCUCCUCCGCGCAUCCGUGACGAUCUCGUCGCCAAAUGCAGGCCCUAAUACACCCGCGAUGCAAGUGCAUCUCAAGAAAAACUUCCAGUACAAGACGCGAGGCACGAUCUACUCAAUUCCUGCCCCGAAGGCGGGAUCUGCGAAGACCGGACCCGGUGACGGUCUCAUACUUCGAGAAGACCAGCUGAGCUGGAUGCGUGCCAAGAAGCAUGCCGACGGAAAACGAGAGCGCGAGGAGCGCCGCUUGCUCAAUGCUGCGAGCAGGGGCGCGGAGAUGGGUGACGGCGGGGCUAUCUUGGGAAGCUGGAUGGAUCCUGAUUGGGUACCGGAGAUCAUCAGUGCGGGCGCUGGGGGCAAAGGACGAAGUGUGAGGAGCAGAGGCAUGGAUGGCGAUAUGCCCAUCGUCGGAUACGGCAAGAAGAAUCCAAACGAGAGGAAGCGGAGAAAAUGAGAGCGCAAGGCCGCGCGGUACGUCCGUCCACGGUUAUUAUUUCUGUGCAAAUGUGAGGGAGGCGGGAUACAAAAUACACUUUCAUGUGGGAG